CCUUUGCCUCCUUCCCCGUGCGCAGGGCCGCGCGGAGCGCGGGCACCAUGUCCCUGUGCGAGUGGCACAUCGCCGUGAAGCUGGCGGACCAGCCGCUCGCCCCCAAAUCCAUCCUGCGGCUCCCGGAGACGGAGCUCGGCGAGUGCCCGCUGGGCGGCUGCAGCAUCUCCUACCUGAAGCAGCUCAUCACCGGGAAGCUGCAGGAGUCCGUGCCGGACCCGGAGCUCAUCGAUCUGAUCUACUGUGGUCGGAAGCUGAGGGAUGACCAGACGCUGGAUUUCUAUGGCAUCCAGUCUGGCUCCACUGUUCACGUCCUGCGCAAGUCGUGGCCUGAGCCGGACCAGAAGCCGGAGCCGGUGGAUAAGGUGGCAGCCGUGCGGGAAUUCCGGGUCCUGCACACAGCCCUGCACAGCAGCCCGGCCUACAGGGACGCGGUCUUCAAAAUGCUGGGGAACAAGGAGUCCUUGGACCAGAUCAUCGUAGCUACUCCUGGCCUCAGCAGCGACCCCGUCGCUUUGGGAGUCCUGCAGGACAAGGAUCUCUUCUCCGUGUUUGCAGACCCCAACAUGCUGGACACGCUCAUUCCCGCGCACCCGGCGCUGGUCAACGCCAUCGUGCUGGUGCUGCACUCGGUGGCGGGCAGCACCCCGCUGCCAGCCCCGGAGCCCUCCUCCCGCAGCCUCUCGGCCGGCUCCUACCGGGAAAUGCCAGGCGGCUUUCUGUUUGAAGGUCUCUCGGAUGAGGAAGACGACUUUCACCAGAGCACGCGAUCGACGCCGUCCAGCAGCGCGUCCGGCUCCCGGCCCGCCUCCCUGGGCUACUCGGGGGCUGCGGGGCCGCGGCCCAUCACGCAGAGCGAGCUGGCCACCGCGCUGGCCCUGGCCAGCACCCCGGAGAGCAGCUCCCACACCCCGACUCCUGGCACGCAGGGUCACUCGUCUGGCACCUCCCCAAUGUCAUCCAGCGUCCAGUCGGGAACGCCCAUCACCAACGACCUCUUCAGCCAGGCCUUGCAACACGCCCUGCAGGCCUCUGGGCAGCCCAGCCUGCAGAGCCAGUGGCAGCCCCAGCUUCAGCAGCUGCGAGACAUGGGCAUUCACGAUGACGAGCUCAGCCUGCGGGCCCUGCAGGCCACCGGUGGGGACAUCCAGGCCGCCCUGGAGCUCAUCUUCGCCGGGGGCGCUCCGUAGCGUYGGGCACCCCGGGGCGGCUGCUCCUGCCCUUGCAAGUGGCCACGGGCUCCUCUUUGGGAACCCUGGCCAAGGGCAUCCGGGCGCUCCCUCCGUCUUCCCCAUCUCCCUGCGUCGAGGCGACCUUGGCGCUUUGCAGCGUGCGGAGCAAGAUCGGUGGCGUUUUUUUUGCUCCGAGAGCUGUGGCGUCUGCAUUUCUGCAAUCUUAGCUGCUUCAGCACAUUCCCCUGCUCGCUGCUUUGCUCCUGCCCACCUGACACGCCUCAGGCUGUUCUGUUUUACUGUCGUGGUUCCU